AUAAAAUGACGGAAUUUUCCGACGAAGAAGAGUCAAGGAGCAACUUCUUAUACUUUAUAUAUUUGAUUUUCUGAAAUAACGGAGAAAUCGCGAGUUUUCAUCGCUUCAUCCGUGAGAUCCCGACUUCGGGAAUCUCGAGUACCAUCGUGCCACAGCCAUGAAAUAUGUCGUCCGCAGCCGCGGCGAACAUCGCAAUUUCGAGUGACUCCGAGCUCUUUUGCUCUCUCGCCGCCGGUGCGGAAGAAAGAGCGGCGUGCGCGCGCGACGAUUGCAGGAUCCACGCGGGUUUGAUGGAGGGAGAGAGGAAGAAAGUUAAAAAUGGUGUGGGAGCGCGAUCUCUGGUUUCAUCCUUGUUGUUCGCGCGUAGCAGGCGUUCGUGGCUCGCGCGCGUGUGUGUAUCGUGCACGCUGUUACGCGAUCGCGGAAAGUCCACGCGGAAUGCUGCUGAUUACGCUGUGCCCUCUCUCUUUUACCUUCUCUCCUUGCCCAGCCGUCUCCCACCAGCAUCGUUACCCGCCACUGCUCGCGCGACUACGUCGUUCGACUCGUCCGCUCGUCCGUGUCCUCGACUUUAUGCUGCAAAGGCCACGCGCGAUAGUCAAGCCGUCGCGCCAGGACGGUGUAACUGGUAACACGCGAGCGAACCCGACACCGAGAUGGCACCGGCCCUCAGUAAAUUUGCCACCAGACGCACCCUGGCCGGUGCGGUGGCAGUCAGCACGCUGAUCUGGAUACUGAGGAAUCGCAGCAGGAGACGCUCGCAGAAGAUCAAGGACCAGUGGCCUGUCGGCAACGAUAUUCAGUAUGUCAUUAAGGAGGAAAAGCCAAAGGGCCCCAAGGCACAGGUCAAUGCCAUCUUCUUUCACAGGCUCUGUCAGUUGCUCAGGAUUGGCAUCCCUGGUGUCUUGUCACCAGAGUUUGGCUAUGUGCUCCUAGUGGCGAGUGCCCUGGUCGGUAGGACCCUGUGCGACUUAUGGCUCAUCAAGAAAAGCACUCUGAUAGAAACGUCAAUUGUUAAUAUGGAUGGACCAUUGUUCAGAAAAUAUUUGCUAACUCUGUUCUCUGUGAUACCGCUAAUAUCAAUUGUAAACAACAUACUAAAAUAUGGUAUAAGUGAAAUGAAGUUGAGAUUGCGCACAAAUAUCACACGUAAUUUGUUGGAUCAUUAUCUUAAAGGCUUUACCUAUUAUAAAAUGAGCAAUCUGGAUACCCGUAUCGCGAAUCCAGAUCAACUGUUGACUACAGAUGUUGACAAAUUUUGUGAAAGCUGUACAGAUCUUUAUAGCAAUGUAGCGAAACCUCUAUUGGACAUUGGUAUUUAUGUAUAUAGAUUAACAUCUACUCUUGGCGGGCAGACACCAUUCUUGAUACUUUUAUACCUAAUAGUAGCUGGCACCUUUUUGACUCAUCUUCGUAAACCUAUCGGAACAAUGACGGUCAAAGAGCAACGACUAGAAGGAGAAUAUCGUCAUAUCAAUUCAAGAUUGAUCACUAACUCGGAAGAAAUAGCUUUUUAUGGAGGAAAUAACAGAGAGAAAUUGACGUUAUUAACUAGCUUUCACAAACUUAUAACUCAUCUUCGUAAAUUCUUAGAAUUCAAGGUCUUGAUGGGCGUCGUAGAUAAUUUCGUCGGAAAAUAUUUCGCUACUGUGGUUGGUUUCUACGCAGUAAGCAUCCCCUUCUUCCAGAAGAAUCAUCCCAUACUCUCCGGCACACCCGAUCACAGGUUUAAAUCGUACUAUACAUACGGUCGGAUGCUGGUGAAACUAGCUGAAGCGAUCGGUCGAUUGGUGAUGGCUGGAAGGGAAUUAACACGCUUAGCAGGAUUCACAGCGCGGGUCACCGAGAUCAAGAAAGUCCUCGAUGAUCUGAAUGCCGGGAAGUAUGAGAGAACGAUGAUUUCGGAUUAUAAAGAUAAUGCGAUCGGUUUUCCUGGUAAUGGCAAAAUUGUGCCGCGUGAUAAUGUCAUACGAUUCGAUCACGUUCCUUUAGUGACACCGAACGGAGACGUGCUCAUCAAGGAAUUGUCCUUCGAAGUGAAAUCGGGGAUGAAUGUACUGGUCUGCGGUCCGAACGGUUGCGGCAAAAGUUCCAUGUUUAGGAUUCUUGGUGAAUUGUGGCCGGUCUGGUCUGGAACCAUUACGAAACCACCGCGCGGUAAAUUAUUUUAUAUUCCGCAACGUCCCUACAUGACUCUGGGUACAUUGAGAGACCAGAUUAUAUAUCCCCAUACGAAAGCUGAGAUGAUAAGGCGCGGUAAUGUUAACGAUGAGGACCUCAAGAAGUUCCUGGAACUUGUGCAGUUGAUUCAUCUGUUGGAAAGAGAAAACAACGCCAACAGCGAAGGACAGGGUUGGGAUACGGUCGCCGAUUGGAUGGAUGUCUUAUCAGGUGGCGAAAAGCAACGUAUUGCAAUGGCUCGAUUGUUUUAUCAUAAACCGCAAUUCGCGAUUUUGGAUGAGUGCACGAGCGCUGUCAGCGUCGACGUCGAGGAUUCUAUGUAUAAAUAUUGCAGACAAGAGAACAUUACGCUGUUCACGGUCUCGCAUCGUCGCUCUCUUUGGAAGCAUCACGAGUAUUACUUACACAUGGACGGCAGAGGAGACUACGAGUUCAAGCCGAUCGAACAAGACACGAUAGAAUUUGGAUCAUGAAUUUUUGCGUCCCUUGCGCACGCGGAAACGCGUUUGCAUACAAACAUUUAACCUAGCCUUAAUUUUUCUCUUAUUCAAAGAUUGUUCAACAGUUCAACAAUUUAGACGAAAUUUUAUCUAUCGUUCAUUAGUUUUAACAAUAGAUGGAAUUUAAAUUUUAUUAUAUCGAAUAUUAAACAUAUAAUACAAGAGAAAUAUCUGCGGAAUGUAUGUGUAUCAUACAAGAUAUACGUACUACACAAACUAGAUAUACAUAAAGUGAAGAUAAAUGACGUGAUCAUAUUUGGCGCAUUACCGGUUCCUUUACGCUGGUACGUCACUUAAAUCUGCAAUGCACAAUGAUAUAUUUUUUGAUCGACAUUUUUAUGAAAUAGAUAUAUUUUUAACUCAUCCCGAGCUUGGAAAGUAAUGUCAUCUUAAAUGACGUAUGAUACUUUUAGAUCCUCAAAUUCUUUGAGGUGUAAUUGUAAAUAUAUAAUUUUAUAGCGUGUAGAUUUUUUUCAAUAUAAAUUUACCAGUGGUCAAUUGACUUUCUAUUUUAGCUAGACUUGCCAAAUUAAACAAUGUAAAUUAUAUGUAUAAGCUUUAAUCAAAAUCAUUUUAUUAAUCAUUGUAUCAUAUCAAGGAAAGUGUACAUACAUGUAUACAUGACAGGAUUGUCUGUAAAGUACAUUUUGUAAGAAUGUUAUUAUUGAUAUCACUACAUGUAUGUGUUUGUGUAUGUGUGAAUUACAUAUCACAUAGAUAGAUAUACUUAUGAAUCAAGACAGAAAAUUAUAAGAUUGUUGGACAAUAAGAGAAUGCUCUAACGAAGAAAGCUAAUUGUAAAUUUAAAAUUAAAUUCAGCAAAGUAUGUACAAAGAAUACUUCAAGGAA